AUGUCAUGCAUCGCAGGCGACGGCAGCACAUUCGCUGAAGCUUUGGAGACGGCGUCUACAUGGGCGACUGGACCCCACGACAAGAGCAAUUGGCUCGUGCCAGACUGCAUACUCGUGGGGGGAUGGCCCUAUCGCUUGCCACGGGGUCGCGGAUCGCCUGGCGAAACGGCGGAGGAGGGGCGUUCGAAGUUGAGCAGCAUCCUGACGGCGGGCACCAGAACCUUCGUAACGCUGACGGAGCCGCGCGAGCUGCGAGGCAAGCCCUACGCCUGGGGCGCCUUUAAGUCCGAGGCGGAGGCGCAGUUCGCGGCUCUCCACGGCCCCAGGCGGCAGGCCAUGCGCCUUGGUCGCGAGCUGCGCUUCCUCCAGUGUCCCAUGCCCGACGGCGGGGUGACCUCGGACGAGCAGCUGGCGAGGCUCCUGGCGGCGAUCCUGCAGGAGCUGUCCCAGGACCGCGCGCUCUACGUGCACUGCUACGGGGGUCACGGUCGCGCCGGUAUCGUCUCGGAGGCCUGCUCUGCCUGCUCUUCGGCCUGCCCCCCGCGGACGCGGUGGCCGCGUUCAACCUGCUGCACCGCGAGCGCGUGGACUGCGGGGUGGGCGGCCCGGGGCAGUUCCCCCACAGCCAGGGCAGCAGCGGCAGGUCGAGCGGGCCGCCGCGCGGGGCGGGCCGUUCCGGGAGCUGCUCGGCCCCGGCCUGCGGGGGCUGCUCGGGCGGCCCCUGCGGCAGGCGGGCGGGGCGCUGCGCCAGGGGGGCGGCGGCGAGGGCGAGGAGGGCGACAGCGGCGACGAGCGCGAGGCGGGCAUAGAGGAGGGCGACAGCGGUGA